AGAUCGAGUCAGUCACCAACCGCAUCUUGCUUGCUAUUAGUCUCGUAUUGCUUGCUGGAGGGAGGAGAGAGGGCGUGCUGUCAAUUUUUGCCUCUCUGCUGCGCGUUGUCCGAAACGACGGCGGUCUUUUCUUCCCGUCCGACGCCACGCGACGAUUCUCGCUUGACUACGGAGGCAGCGUGUGAGGCGAGGAAAGGAAGCGGGACCGAUUGAAGCAAGCGUACGCCGAUCGCGUCGCAUCCCCUCAGAUCCAUCAGCACCGCAGCUCUUCCUGGUGCGGAUCUUGCUUUCUCCUGCUUUUGUUCCUAGUUCCUGGACCCUCGACCGGCGAUCGAUUUUCCUAACUCUCCCAGCUUGUUCCUUUUCGUGUCGUUGCGUAUGCAGUCAUCCUGUUUGCUUUGCUGCGGUCGAUUGUUCUUAAGCUCUGAUUUUGUGUGGCACGCCUUCGUAUGAGCAUCUGUUGUUUUGAGGAGUGCUAAGCUUUUCACAAAAGAAUAUUUCUUAGGACCCAGUCUGGAAAGAAGUUGUUUUGUGUUGAUCAAGUGUGAUAUCAUUGGCAGCUUGUGCAUUUAACUAUUUUUUAUGGUUUUCUAUUCUUGGAAAUUCCCUUCAUAAUAUGGGUCAAUAGAGAGAGUUAUAUCUACAAGUUUUAGAAUGAUCUGACAAGCUUUGAAUAUCUCAAAAUUCUGAUGGAUGCUAGAAAAGUCGAUGGCUCCGCUAAUCAAAGGUCUACACAAUUUCUACCAAGUUCAAGUAACGCUAAUGUUAGACCACCAGAGGCUAGUGCAUCAAGUGGUGUACUGCCUGUUCUGAAUUUCUCAAUCCAGACAGGUGAAGAAUUUGCUCUUGAAUUUAUGCGAGAUCGUGCAUUUUUCAAGAAGCCCACAGUUCAAAGCGCAUCUGGGAAUCAAGAUGUAGUCAGUAGCUACACGGACACGAUGGGUGUGACAAUACCACAUACAGGGUCUGAAAGUGUAGCAGAUGUCUCAAUGAAUGUGAUUAGUGAUAAUCAGCUGAUGAAAGGAACAGAGAAGAACAACUUAUCUGAAACCGAUAAUAAAGGUCAUUAUGCAUCAGCACGGUCCAUGCCACGAGUAUCAUCUGGUCAUGGAAGUGGUCAAACAGUUGCUCCUGGGUAUACCUCAUCAGAAUCUUCUGAUUUCUCGACAAAAGGGAUGAAGUAUCUCUGCAGUUUUGGUGGUAAGAUUUUACCUCGUCCCAGUGAUGGAAGACUGAGAUAUGUUGGAGGUGACACCCGUAUUAUAAGCAUAAAAAGGGGUAUUUCAUGGAAUGAACUCAUGCAAAAGACAAUGACAAUAUAUAAUAGACCUCAUACUAUCAAGUACCAACUACCUGGAGAAGAACUGGAUGCCUUGAUAUCAGUAUCUUGUAAUGAAGAUUUGCAGAAUAUGGUGGAGGAAUACACCUUUCUUGAAGGUGGUGAAGGAUCACAAAAACUCAGGAUGUUUCUAUUUACAUCAGAUGAUACAGAUGAUGUGCACUUCAGUUCAGGUAGCAGAGAGGGAGAUUCUGAUGUUCAGUUCAUUGCUGCAGUCAAUGGGAUGGAUUUUGGAUCACGAAAUUCUUCAUAUCAGCAUGGCAUGGCAAGCACGUCAGCAAGUGACUUGGACCAGCUGUUCAAUCUUAAUGUUGAGGCUGAAAGAGCUAAUGCUGACACAAGCAGAAUGCAGUCAAUUGGGUUUGAUACUGCUCAUGCAGUUUCUUCUAGAAAUUUUUUUCCAUCUGGGGAGGCAAAAUCAUCUAGUGAUUACAAUAGACAUUCACAGAACUUUGAGGACCAUAUAUUCCACUAUGUUGAAGGUGAACGCUAUGCUUACCACAUCAACCCUUAUGAUCGAUAUGAAAAUGCAAAUAGCACAAUUUCUAUUCCUCUACCUGUUCCAUCUGAUUAUGGAUCUAACUAUACUGCCAGUGUUUCUGUUCAGCCAGGUCAAUCAUUUUAUCAGGGUACAAUGCAAAGCCCAUAUAGUGCUAUGAGUUCAUUUGAUGCAGAUACCUUACUAAAGAAUGAGAAACUUGCAUCCAUUGGUUUCUCUCAAAAAAAAGUAGAAAGUGGGCGUAUCAAUCCCCACAGCACAGAACCUGCUGUAAACUCUCAGCAACUUGAUGCUCCAUUGCACUCGGAUGUUCGAAAGAUUGUUUCUGCAGCUGAAAUUUUGACAUCAGUGCAACCUGCACAAAACAAGGGGAAAUCAGUGGAAACUGUUCCAGUCUUGUCAUCUCCCAAUACUGUGAAUGAUGGACAAGGUGCCAAGAUGAAUGAAGAUGAACUGUGUUCUAGUGGAGCUCUAACAUCUGGUUUCUCUGACUAUGAGGUUGAUACAACUGAUGUAAGCUGCACAGAUCCACCUUCUCGUCCUUUUCGAGUAUAUCAAUCUGAGAGGCUUCCUAGAGAACAGAAGAAGUUUCUAAAUCGAUUAUCUAAAUCUGAUGACAAUAUUAAUUCCCAUUUUAUGAUAAAUCAGCCAUGCUCUAUCACUACUCAAGAAUCUAUUGCUGAAUCUGCUGACCCUCUUCUUGAGGGGGAAUUGAGCUCACAGGCAGAGAAUUCUAUGUCAUCUGGAAAGCCACAACACCUUGGCAAUGCUACUGUAGAAGAGUUUUUACAUUUUGAGAAGCAUAAGAAAGGGGAAAAUACAAUCAAUCAAGACAAUAUAUUUGAACCAGUUACGAUUCAAAAAGAGCCAGAAACAGUAAAUUAUUCAUCACAGCCUAUGAAUUCUUUGAUUACUAACAAAUGGCAUGACCAAAAUGAAGCUGUAGCAAGUACAGUUCUGGUAGCACCCCAUCAAGCAAAUGCCAUCAGUGAUCUAAAGGGUUUUAAACAAGUGACAAAGAUGCAAAAAUCCCAAUCCCAACAUGUGCCUUCAAAGUCUGAAUAUGAGAAACCUAAUGUCAUUGAAGAUACGAUUGUGCAGGAGUCCAAAUUGAGCAGAUACAAGGAGAAGACAAUAGAUGGUGAAGCUGUGAUGGCUAAAAUCAAUAGUCAAGAUCAAGAUACUGAUGGACAUUACAGUAGGGCACAGGAGGAUCCUUCUGUCCUACCUGAUAUUCAACAGGAAGAAAUAUCCAACAAUUCAUAUAAUAGUAAUCUUGUUGAUCAUAAACCUGCUUUUAGUUGGGUGGAGAGUGCUGGUGGAGCUGUGUUUCAGAAGGAUAUGUCUGUUCCCACUGCAGAUCGCAGUGACAUUCUAAUUGACAUAAAUGAUCGGUUCCCUCCUAAUCUGCUCAAUGAUAUCUUCAAUAAGGCCAGAAUUGCUGGUGACUUGUCAAGUAUAACCAACCUUCGUAAAGAUGAUACUGGAUUUAGUGUGAACAUGCAAAAUCAUGAGCCUAAAAAUUGGUCUUUCUUCAGGAAUCUGGCCCAAGAUGAGUUUAAACACAAGGAAUUUUCUCUUAUUGAUCAAGACCAUGUUGAUUACUCAUCUUUGCUUGCUGGCGUGGAAGGAGGGAUCUCUAUACCACCAUACCAGUUGACACCUCUGGGGAAUGAGAAAGUUGAUUUUGGUGACAGUGAUUUCCCUGAGGAAAUGGAAGAAACAUCUGUUGCUAAAUCAAAUAUUUUGCAGCCAGGUUAUGUUCCAUCACAAAUCCCUCAUCACAUUGGAAAGGAUAAGGAACAACUACAAGCUUCGCAUGCAGAAAAUGAGGAAUCCAAAUUUGAAGGUGGUGAGGUUGUUGAGACCGUUGUUGAUACUUUUAUGCAAGAUGUGGAUCUUAGCAAUGUACAGAUUAUAACGAAUGAAGAUCUUGAAGAACUGCGUGAACUGGGUUCUGGCACUUAUGGUACUGUAUAUCAUGGAAAAUGGAGGGGCACUGAUGUGGCUAUUAAACGAAUAAAAAAGAGCUGUUUUGCUGGUAGAUCAUCUGAGCAGGAGAGACUAACCAUAGAGUUUUGGCGGGAAGCUGAGAUCCUUUCUCAGCUCCAUCAUCCAAAUGUGGUGGCUUUUUAUGGAGUUGUUAAAGAUGGACCAGGUGGUACCUUAGCAACUGUGACAGAAUUUAUGGUGAAUGGUUCUUUACGACAUGUUUUACUACGCAAGGACAAAUAUCUUGAUCGCCGCAAGAGGCUUAUCAUUGCAAUGGAUGCUGCUUUUGGAAUGGAGUAUUUGCAUUCUAAGAAUAUAGUGCACUUUGAUCUGAAAUGUGAUAAUUUACUUGUUAACCUUAAAGAUCAGUCACGCCCGAUUUGCAAGGUUGGUGACUUUGGUUUGUCAAAAAUAAAACGAAAUACUCUUGUUUCUGGUGGUGUUAGAGGAACACUACCAUGGAUGGCACCAGAAUUAUUGAAUGGAAGCAGCAACAAAGUGUCAGAAAAGGUGGAUGUGUUUUCAUUUGGCAUUGUUAUGUGGGAAAUUCUCACAGGAGAAGAGCCUUAUGCCAACAUGCAUUAUGGUGCAAUUAUAGGAGGUAUUGUGAAUAAUACAUUGAGGCCUCCAGUGCCAGCCACUUGUGAUCCGGAGUGGAGAAAGCUUAUGGAGCAGUGCUGGUCUCCUGAUCCUGCACAAAGGCCAUCCUUCACCCAGAUUACUAGUAGCUUGCGAUCAAUGUCAACAGCCACUCAACCAAAAUUAGUCAAAUGAUAAUAUGACGCGACUAUCGCCUAUUUAUCGUUAGUGUUUUACGGGCUCUGAAGAGGUUUCAUGGGCAUUGUUUGUAAAUAUUCACAUAUUAUAUGUUGCUUCACUUGAGAUACCAUAGGAUUUCAUCUGAGAUGUAUGAUUUUCAAGCUUAUUAGCUACGUCAUCAUAAAAUUAUUCUGCUCGCGGCAA